AUGCAGCAAGAGCUUUUGUUCAAAGUCUUGGUCAUCGGGGACUUGGGAGUCGGAAAAACAUCCAUCAUCAAGCGGUAUGUCCAUCAGAUCUUCUCCCAGCACUACCGAGCCACCAUUGGGGUGGACUUUGCCCUGAAGGUGCUGCAGUGGGACAAUGACACCGUGAUCCGACUACAGCUGUGGGACAUAGCAGGACAGGAGCGGUAUGGGAACAUGACUCGUGUCUACUACCGGGAGGCAGUGGGAGCGUUGGUGGUGUUUGACGUGACGAGAGCCUCCACGUUUGACGCCGUGCUGAAGUGGAAGGACGACCUGGACUCUAAGGUGACUCUGAACCAUGGGAGGCCAGUUCCAGCUGUCCUGUUGGCCAAUAAGUCAGACCAACUGGCUUCCCAGCAGCCCAAACUCGACUCCUUCUGCAGGGAGAACGGCUUUGUUGGCUGGUUCGAGACCUCAGCCAAGGAAAACAUGAACAUUGAGGAGGCAACGCGCUGCUUGGUACAGCACAUCCUGAACAACGAGGAGAGCCCAGUGAUAGAGCGAGACCCUGGUUCCCUCGUCCUGUCUGGAUACACUAACACCGCCAAGGAACAUUUCAACUGCUCGUCAUGUGUGAAAUGGUGA